AUGUUUUCAUCUCUAGGUCAUGGAACAAUCUUCUUUACAUUUGCUCAUGACCCGAUUGAAGAGUACUAUUUCAUCAACCAGUCCAAAAGCUGGAGUGAGGCUCAGCAGUACUGCAGAGAGCACUUCACUGACCUGGCCACGAUUGAGAGAAAGGAGGACCUGAGCAGAGUCCACAUCCCGGCUGGUCAGGUGGCUUGGAUCGGUCUUCAUGAUGACCCUGCUGCGUGGUUUCAAGUCAUGACCAAUGCCUCCAACUCCUGGAGAUGGUCGCCACUGGGACCACCAGCCCUGGAGGCUUCCAGAACUGGGCUUCACCUCAGCCAGAUAAUAGGGAUGGCAGGUAUCAAACAGUUCUUUCGGAUGACUGACUUUCUUAGGACAUGGUUCCACUGCCAGACCGAGUGCAGAAAGAGUUACCAGGACCUGGCUCAGAUCGAGACUGCAGAGGAGAAGCAGGCUGCGAUGGCGGCCAUGACUGGAACGAAACAUGCCUGGAUCGGUCUGUACCGAAACACAUGGCUCUGGUCGGACCUCAGCAACAGCACCUUCAGGAAUUGGAAAACUGGAUCACCCAACAACAUAAAUAACAAUGAGCACUGUGUCCAUAUGAAUGAACACUGCCAAAUGGACGACGCCACCUGCUCCGAACCACAGAAGUUCGUCUGUCAUGAAGGUAUAGUUUCUCAAAGACUUUAG